AUGGCUCCAAAGGGGAAUAAUAUGAUACCAAAUGCACACUUUCAUAAGGACUGGCAGCGUCGCGUCCGCACUUGGUUUAACCAACCAGCACGGAAAGAGCGUAGACGACGUAAUCGAUACAAGAAAGGUCGACUGAUUGCACCUCGUCCCGUAGCCGGUUUGUUGAGACCAGCAGUGCGUUGUCCUAGUAUUCGAUAUAACAAAAAGGUGAGACUGGGACGAGGAUUUACCUUGGAAGAGCUGAAAGGAGCUGGCGUUGGAAAACGAGAAGCGCGUACUAUUGGCAUCGCAGUGGAUUACAGGCGUACAAACCGGUCGCUGGAAUCCUUGCAGCAAAAUGUCAAACGUUUAAAGGAAUACCGGUCAAAACUAAUAUUAUUUCCGAAGAAAUUAAACGCGCCCAAGAAAGGAGAUAGUACAGCUGACGAACUCAAGUUAGCUGCGCAAUUGCGUGGAGCCCUUUUACCUGUCAGGCAGGUUAUUCGUCGUGAUAAGGCCCGCAAAAUAACUGAGGAAGAGAAGCAAUUCAAAGUGUACUGUCAUUUACGUCGACUCCGCGCCGACAAACGUCUAAAAGGUGCUCGUGAUAAGAAGGCUCGUGAAGUAGCGGAAGAAGGUGUUGGUGGUGGUAGACGAUAA